AUGCCGGAGGAUUCGUCCAACGAGAAGAAGACCCUUCUCACGUCUUGGCAGAGAAUUGGCCAGGAAGGGGUGCAGAAAGCGUCUGAGAUUUGGUCGGCGGUGAACAGCGAAGCCGCGGCGGCGGCGAAAGGCGCGUGGGAAGGAGUGAAACCAGCGCAUAAGGUGUUUUUGUCCGAUAUUAUCGCCAGUCCGAAGAAGAACGCGUUUGUGCGAAAGUGGUUGGGGACGGAUAUAACGUACGUGUCGUUUAUUGGUGCCAUGCACGUUGGCGCGUUGUUGGCGCCGUUUUACUUCACCUGGCAAGCGUUCAACUGCUUUUGGGUCAUGUAUUUCAUCACCGGGUGCUUGGGAAUCACGUUGAGUUACCACAGGCAGUUGUCGCACAAGUCGUUUCAAACGCCGAAAUGGUUGGAGUACGCGUUGGCGUAUUGCGGCGCGUUGGCGGUCCAAGGCGACCCGAUCGAGUGGGCGUCGUCGCACAGAUAUCAUCAUCAACACUGCGAUACUCCGAAAGACCCGCACACGCCGUAUGAAGGCUUUUGGUGGUCGCACAUGGGAUGGUUGUUGGACAACGAAGCGACCAUCGAAAGAGUUGGCGAUCGAUCCAACGCCGCGGAGAUGGCCGCGCAGCCGUUUUACCAAUUCUUGGAGAAGACGUACAUGUGGCACAUCGCUGCGUCGGCGUUAGGUUUAUACCUCCUCGGCGGUUUACCCUUCUUAGUGUGGGGCUUCUGCGUGAGAACUGUUUGGGUGUACCACAUCACCUGGGCGGUCAACUCCGUCGCCCACUGCUGGGGCAAACAAACGUACAACACCGGCGACUUGUCCAGAAACAACUUAUCGGUUGGAAUUUUAGCAUUUGGAGAAGGGUGGCACAACAACCACCACGCGUUCGAAUUUAGCGCCAGACACGGGUUGGAGUGGUGGCAAGUGGACAUGACGUGGUAUUUGAUUUGGGGGUUGAAGAAGUUGGGCUUGGCGACCAAGGUGAAGUUGCCCACGCAAAAGCAGUUGGACCGCAUGCGCAUCGAACCGACCACGGCUUAA